AUGAACCCAUCCAUGGAGCGUUUUAUUACACUCCUGAAAAGACCCUUUCAAAAUCUUACUACAUUAGAGAGAUUCGUUCAGGGGAUGCGGAUACUAUCCACACUCCUAAUAAUAGCAUUAAGUCUAACCAUUACAUCUGGCUCCAAGAAAAUACCGAACAGACUAUAUAUGUCACGAUUUGAUACCUUUUCUGCAGAUAUUACCAUGGGUUUAUUUGAAGUGUUGAAAUAUGCUGUCGAGCAAUCUGGUUCUGCUAGUGAUGUUAAUAACGGUGUUGGAUUAACCACUUCGGAAUUAUAUAUAUUGACCUCUUAUACGGCUAAUCAAGUGAAGAAUAUGCCUCAAUAUAUUACCGUUUCAUUAUUUGGUCGAUGUGAUACUUUUUUCUCGGCUGACUUGAUGGUAGGGGAGUCUCAGAUGACGCAAGUUCAAAAUUCUACAACCGUUAGGAAAUGUGACUAUAUUGGUCCCGGUUACUUAUUUGAUUAUAGAGAAGCGUUAUCUAGUUUGGGGUUGAACAUUGUCUUAGAUUAUGCAUACCAAGGGGAUACAACAUCCUCAGACGGAAAAACGAGUUCGUACUCGAAGUAUAUCAAUAAAUUACAAUGGAGGAAGAUCAUCAUGUUGAGAUUAUUAUAUGCAGUGAUAGCUUUUGAAUUUACGAUCGCGGUUUUGACUGCAUGGUACUAUAAUAUAAAGGGUCGAUAUAUUAAUGCUACAAAGGAAAGAGUCCUGAUACAUUCCAUUUCUUUAUUUUCAUUGGCAGUACUUGUCUGUGGAUUAACAAGUGUCAUUACUCUUGCCUGGAUAAAUAUAUCUUUGCAAAGUAGAAUUAAUAAGGAAUUGAAAGCGUUUGGAUUUUCUUAUCAUUUGGGUGGUGCCUGGUUCACAUGCGUAUGGAUGUUGACGUUUUUCAUAGGACUAUCAUGUUUUGUAUGGUCAGGUAUUGAAUGGUGUCUUGCUGAUACUGAUACGUUUGCCCUCGAGAGACCAGAUAAUCAAAUUUUAGGGUAUCAGCCCGGGGUGAUUGCCAAUAUCGAUGAUAAGAAACAAUCCAUUUUGCGUUCAGCGGAGGAAGAUAUGGAGAAUAUAGCACCCACUCUGAGUGUAGAUAGAUUGGAUCCAUUUGAUGACGGUUUGGCUCUUACAAAUUCUGUAGAAGCUUUUGAACUACAAGAUGUUUCGUUACGUUCGAGUGAGGAAAGUGAUAGAAGUCUGCAGAGAGUGGUGAAACCAUCGCCGACGAUGCAAUUUUAA